AUGGAGAAACAAAAAUUUUAUAUUUGCAACACCAACGGCGACGACGACAGUGGAGAUGGAAGCGAGCUUAAACCUUUGAAAAGUUUGUUUCGAGCAAUGCAAUUGGCUGGGACCUCAGAAGGUGAUUUUCUUGUUUCUGCAAUAAAAGAAGGCGAGGCAAAACAGUGGGAUAAACCGUCAAAAUCUGCAUUGAAAAAAGCUACCGGUCGAUUGGAUGAAGAACGAAGAAAACGUGAGAAAAAGUUGGCAGCUGUGGAAAAGGAAGCUUCUCAAAUUGUGGAUGACAAGAAGCGUUUGGAAGAUGCGAAGAAAAUACAAAUCAAACUCGAUUCUUCACUUCCUGCUCCAAUUAAAGUGAAGAUACGUGAUUGUUCUACAAUGUGUGGACAAAGAGUUCAAAUUUUUGGUUUUGUUCAUCGCUGUCGACAACAAAGAAAGGACUUGAUUUUUGUUGUUCUUCGAGACGGAACUGGCUUUUUGCAAUGUGUUUUGAGUGGAUUACUUUGCCAAACUUAUGAAGCUUUAACAUUGAGCACGGAAAGCUCUAUUUGUAUAUACGGAACGAUAAACAAACUCCCUGAAGGAAAGACGGCCCCUGGUGGUGUAGAACUCGUCGCUGAUUUUUGGACUUUAAUUCAUGGAGCGCCGCCCGGUGGGAUUGACAAUGUGUUAAACGUUGAGGCAAACCCCGAUGUUAAACUGGACAAUCGUCAUUUGUGCAUUAGAGGAGAAAAUUGUUCAGCAAUUCUUCGAAUACGAGCGGCCGUAACGCGUGCAGUUAGAGAACAUUUUCAUUCGCGUAAAUAUGUCGAAGUAUGCCCUCCAACACUUGUUCAAACGCAGGUUGAGGGAGGCUCCACACUUUUUUCCUUGGACUUUUUUGGUGAACCAGCUUAUUUAACUCAAUCAUCGCAGCUUUAUCUCGAAACAUGCAUUUCUUCUUUGGGGGAUUGUUAUUGUAUAGCGCAGUCUUAUAGAGCGGAAAAAUCUCGAACGAGGCGUCAUUUGGCUGAAUACUCUCAUGUUGAGGCAGAAUGCCCAUUUAUUACUUUUGAAGAAUUAAUGAAUAAAAUUGAGGAUCUUGUUUCUGAUGUUGUUGACAGGGUUUUUAGCGAUCCUGAAAUUUCUGAAUUGAUAUUGCAACGAUGGGAAACGUCAAAGGAAAAAUUUCCUUCAUUAAAACGUCCCUUUCUUCGAAUGACUUAUGCUGAUGCAAUUGAAUGGCUGCGCAAAAAUAAUGUAAAUAACGAAGAAGGGAAGCCGUUUGAGUUUGGAGAAGACAUUCCAGAGGGUCCUGAACGACAAAUGACUGAUACAAUUGGCCAGCCAAUAUUGCUGAAUCGUUUCCCAGCUGGGAUUAAAGCCUUUUACAUUUCUCGUUGUGAAGAUGAAGAAGAAAAAAAGGAUUUGACAGAAUCUGUAGAUUUAUUAAUGCCUGGAGUUGGGGAAGUUGUUGGCGGUUCAAUGAGGAUUUGGAAAGAGGAAGAACUUUUAGAAGCUUUUAAAAGAACUAAUAUUGACCCUAAACACUAUUAUUGGUAUGUAGACCAGAGAAAGUAUGGAGGGUGUCCACAUGGAGGUUAUGGACUUGGAUUGGAACGGUUUGUUUGCUGGUUAGCUAAUCAACACCAUAUAAGAGAUGUUUGUUUAUAUCCACGUUUUAUUGGACGAUGUGCCCCGUAA